CGGGUCGCCCUUUGUCGCCCUUCGACGCGUUGUCCCGACCGAAUACAGUUGUCCUUGAAUCUCAGAAGCGUGUGCUAAACUUGGAAUCUCGGCUGACCUUGCCGUCCAUCUGGUUUCGUUGGCUUUGAAUAAAAUAUGAGCCAAGAAUAUGAUCCCCAGGACCCAUAUUCUUACGAAGAGCCAAACUUUGCCGCUGAUGAUGAGGGGGCAGGGUACGGGGAAGCAGCUGAGGACGACGAGGUGAUAACGCAGGAGGAUUGUUGGACCAUCAUCUCCAGUUUCUUCGACCAAAAAGGUCUCGUGCGGCAGCAGCUCGACUCGUUCGACGAAUUCGUCCAGAACACGAUGCAGGAGCUUGUCGACGAAAACGCAGAUCUAAUCCUUGACCAAGCGGACCAGCAUACCGGUCAUGAGACGGACAUGACGCGUCGGUACGAGAUCAAGUUCGGCCAAAUUUUCUUGUCGCGGCCCACGGUGACGGAGUCCGAUGGUACUGUUGUCCCGGUGUUUCCCCAGGAAGCGCGGCUACGGAAUCUCACAUAUUCGUCGCCACUUUACAUCGAGAUGAAGAAACGCGUGCUCAUCGGGCGUGAGGAUCCGGAUGGGAUGCCUGGUGAUGUGUCUUGGGAGACGGAGCAGGAUGAUAAUGAGGAUACGACGAAAGUCUGGAUUGGCAAGAUCCCCAUCAUGCUCCGGUCUACUUUUUGCAUCUUGCGCGGACUUCAGGAACAGGACUUGUAUGACCUGAACGAAUGUCCAUACGACUCCGGGGGCUACUUCAUUAUCAACGGGUCUGAGAAGGUGCUUAUUGCCCAAGAGCGUAUGGCCACCAAUCAUGUCUACGUUUUCGCAAAGGCGCAGCCCUCCCCCAUCAAUUUUCUCGCCGAAAUCCGAAGUGCUGUUGAGAAGGGUGGAAAAACUAUCAGUCAGUUCCAGGUGAAGAUGUUCCACCGGAAUCAAGAGCGGUCUCUUGGAAACGUCAUCAAGGCUACCAUUCCAUACAUUAAAGUGGACAUACCUAUCUGGAUCGUUUUCCGUGGACUGGGCGUUAUCUCUGACCGGGAUAUCCUGGAGCACAUCUGCUAUGACAUGCAAGAUGCGCAGAUGCUUGAAAUGCUCAAGCCCUGUAUCGAUGACGGUUUCGUCAUUCAGGACCGCGAAGUUGCGCUGGACUUCAUCGGAAAUCGUGGGACAACGACUGGUCUCUCCAGAGAACGUCGUAUCCGCUAUGCGCAGGAGAUCCUGCAAAAGGAGAUGCUGCCUCAUAUCUCCAUGUCGGAGGGUUCCGAGUCCAACAAAGCGUAUUUCUUCGGGUAUAUGGUCCACCGUCUUCUCCUGGCGGCCCUCGAACGGCGUGAAUUGGAUGAUCGUGAUCACUUUGGAAAGAAGCGUCUGGAUUUGGCUGGUCCCUUGCUUGCACGGUUGUUCCGUAUCCUCUUCCGAAAGCUCACAAAAGAUGUGUACCGGUACUUGCAAAAGUGUGUUGAAACACACAAAGAGUUCAAUCUCGCUAUCGCUGUGAAACACCAGACGAUCACGAACGGUCUGAAAUACUCGCUUGCGACGGGAAACUGGGGAGACCAGAAGAAGGCUGGCUCAGGCGCUGCGGGUGUGUCUCAAGUGUUGAACAGGUACACAUAUGCGUCCACUCUGUCCCAUCUCCGUCGAUGCAACACGCCUUUGGGUCGGGAGGGCAAGAUCGCGAAGCCGCGUCAGCUGCACAACACGCAUUGGGGAAUGGUGUGCCCAGCCGAGACACCCGAAGGGCAGGCUUGUGGACUGGUGAAGAACUUGGCUCUGAUGUCGGUCAUCUCCGUCGGAUCCUUCUCUGCGCCGGUUAUCGAAUUCUUGGAAGAGUGGGGCUUGGAGACGCUGGAGGAGAACGCUCAUUCUGCGACACCGUUCACCAAGGUGUUCGUGAAUGGAGUCUGGAUGGGUGUCCACCGUAAUCCGGCCGAUUUGGUGAAGACGAUCAAGAAGCUGCGAAGAAAAGAUGAUAUCAGUCCGGAGGUGUCUGUCGUUCGAGAUGUGCGAGAGCGGGAGCUUCGUUUGUACACCGAUGCCGGUCGUGUCUGUCGUCCGCUGUUCAUCGUGGAGAACCAGCGGCUAGUCCUGGAGAAGAAGCACGUGAAGUGGAUCAACGAGGGGCAGAACGAUGCGGGCGACGAGUACAAGUGGGAGCAUCUGAUCAAGACCGGAGUAAUCGAGCUCCUGGAUGCCGAAGAGGAAGAGACCGUCAUGAUUUCUAUGACACCAGAUGACCUGGAAAAUUCACGGAAUCAAAUGGCGGGGAUCGAACCCAUUCAGGAAGCCGAAUUCGAUCCUGCGGCUCGUUUGAAGGCUGCCAUCAACACACAUACUUGGACUCACUGUGAGAUUCACCCAAGCAUGAUCCUAGGUAUCUGUGCGAGCAUCAUCCCGUUCCCCGAUCACAACCAGUCUCCCCGUAACACUUACCAAUCCGCCAUGGGUAAACAAGCCAUGGGCAUCUUCCUUACAAACUUCCUGAUCCGAAUGGACACGAUGGCCAACAUUUUGUACUAUCCGCAAAAGCCGCUUGCGACAACGCGUUCGAUGGAGUACCUCAAGUUCCGAGAAUUGCCUGCUGGACAGAACGCCAUUGUUGCUAUUCUAUGCUACAGUGGAUACAACCAGGAAGAUUCUGUCAUCAUGAACCAGAGCUCCAUUGAUCGAGGGCUGUUCCGCAGUAUCUACUACCGCAGCUACAUGGACCUGGAGAAGAAGAGCGGAAUUCAACAGCUCGAGGAAUUCGAGAAGCCGACACGCGAUACGACUCUGAAAAUGAAACACGGGACGUAUGACAAAAUCGAGGACGACGGCCUUAUUGCUCCAGGAACCAAUGUUCGCGGAGAAGACAUCAUCAUCGGAAAGACGGCUCCGCUUCCGCCCGACAGCGAGGAACUGGGACAGCGCACUCGCACGCAUACGCGACGAGACGUUUCGACUCCUUUGAAGAGCACGGAGAGUGGUAUCGUCGACCAGGUGUUGGUCACAACCAACUCUGACGGCCAGAAGUUCGUCAAGGUGCGGGUCCGUGCGACGCGUAUUCCGCAGAUCGGCGACAAGUUUGCGUCUCGUCACGGCCAGAAAGGAACAAUUGGUAUCACCUACCGUCAGGAAGACAUGCCUUUCACCGCAGAGGGCAUUGUGCCCGACAUCAUCAUCAACCCGCACGCCAUUCCAUCACGAAUGACCAUCGGUCACUUGGUCGAGUGUCUCCUGUCCAAGGUCGCCACGCUCAUCGGAAAUGAAGGCGAUGCGACGCCUUUCACCGAUCUCACCGUCGAGUCCGUCUCGACAUUCCUACGGCAGAAGGGCUACCAGUCACGUGGUCUCGAAAUCAUGUACCACGGCCACACGGGCCGGAAGCUGCAGGCGCAGGUGUACUUUGGACCGACGUAUUAUCAGCGAUUGAAGCACAUGGUCGACGACAAGAUCCACUCACGCGCCCGUGGUCCUGUCCAGAUCCUCACCCGUCAGCCUGUGGAGGGUCGUAGUCGAGACGGUGGUCUGCGGUUCGGAGAGAUGGAACGUGAUUGCAUGAUCUCCCACGGCAUUGCUGGGUUCUUGAAAGAGCGGUUGUUUGAGGCCAGUGACGCCUACCGGCUGCAUGUGUGCGAUAUAUGUGGUCUGACAGCCAUCGCCAACUUGAAGAAGCAGAGCUUCGAAUGCCGUUCGUGCAGGAACAAGACGAAUUGCUCGCAGCUCUACAUCCCAUAUGCAGCUAAACUGCUGUUCCAAGAACUGCAGAGCAUGAACAUCGCUGCCCGGUUGUUCACGACAUCUACAGGGAGGAUGAGAGAUUCAUAGGGAUAUGUAUAUUUGUGCGGGUCUAUAGUCCAAGAAACAAUAAGUAUUGCGA